AUGAGCGACAAUACUGCGUUGGCUCCUCCGACUUCAAACCAGGGUCCCACCACCCCACGCAAAGGGCCCCCUAAGUUCAAGCAGAGGCAGUCUCGUCAGUUCAAGAGCAAGCCUCCUAAGAAAGGUGUGAAAGGGUUUGGAGACGACAUUCCAGGCAUGGAGGGACUAGGAACAGAUAUCACUGUGAUCUGUCCUUGGGAGGCAUUCAGCCACUUGGAGUUGCACGAGCUCGCUCAGUUUGGGAUCAUCUGAACCACUGGAGAUUCUGCCACCCUCAUUAGCAUCUGCUGUAACUUUGAUUACUUCUGCCCUAUUGAUCUGCCAGAAUUUUGACAUGCAGAUGUGGGAAAUGGUUUCACGCACCCUCACUUCCCUUAAGUGACUACUAAGAGUUGUCUGAGUGCCAGAAUCUUUCAUGCAGAAUAGUUUAGCUCAGAAUAGUGGGUGAAAUCAACUUUUGAUGAGGCAUUUCCAACAUCACCCCUUUU